CAAGAGUUUGAGCCGUGACGUAUUUACUAACGGGGACACGCGAGUUUUCACACCGGUGCUCCAGCUUUUUGGGGAGAUAAACUGCGCCUCGCUCCGGAGCCGCUCUGACCGUUUUUCUUUCCGUUAUCACACGCACUUUGUCAACACUGCGACGCCUCCCUGCUGCUCAGUCCACCUCUGUCCACCAGGAGGGAAAUAGCGGGAGUUUGCUCUCCACCGUCACUUUCACCUGCAAGAUUGUGAAGUCAUUUGGAAGUUUUUGGACACGUUUUCCAACAUUAAAAAAAGUGAGAGUCGAGGGCGAAAAAAAGAUGCGGGGUCGUUGUAACCAAAUUGCUCUAUCAUUGCUCUUUGGAUGCCUGGCUUGUCUUGAGGUGACCUCUGUUGUAAAUGCAGACGGUCGAGUGUUCGUGUUGGACCUGAGGAACUCCUCUGGCCUGCAGGGCUUCAGAGAUGCUCAGCGAGCUUGCGCUUCACGACAUGCCCGCUUGGCAUCAUCAGAGGAGCUCCGUUAUGCUGUGGUGGAGUGCUUCUUCUCCCAAUGCACCCGUGGGUGGCUCUAUGGAGGCUCAGUAGGGACCACAGUGUGUAAUGUUGUGGGCAGUGCACUGAAAGCAGUGGACGUGAAAAUAGAAAAUGCCACAGAGGAUGCUGCACACAUGGACGCCUUCUGUAUCAAAGACAAAGGUGUGCCGUGUGGUGACCCUCCAUCCUUUCCUAAUGCCCGUCUACAGGGGCACUCUGGGUAUGAGUUGGGAGAUGAGCUGAUGUACACAUGUAUGCCAGGUUAUGUAAUGCCCAGUGGACACAGUGCCUUUAGCCUGCUGUGCGACAGCUGUGGAGAGUGGUAUGGACUGGUGGACAUAUGUGUCAAAGAUGAGGCUGUAAGUCACGUAGACUACGAGGACAAGUUCACAGAUUCCUAUGGAGAGGGAGAGCACCACAAUGAGAGACCAGAGGAGGCUCAUGGUGAGGUGUACGAGGAGGUGCAUGGAGCUGCAUACCCGGAAGGGAAAACGAGUCAGGCGCAGCAAGAGAUGAGCUUUAGUGUUGAAGCGGAGGAGGAGCAUCAAGACCAACAUGGGGAGCAUGAAGUGGAAGGAGAAGUGAUUAGUAGAGAAUUUGAAGGAGCUGUAGAAGGAGGAGAAAAAGACAAGGAACGAGCUGUUGAGGACUUUAUAGGUCAUACGAGGUGGGAGCAGGAGAGGAGGGAGGUGGUCACGACUGAUGCAGCUGCAGCCACAGAAGCUCCUGUCUCUCUUCUCUCCCAGAAACACCUCUUCUGGUUUCCUUCUGAGGCCUUCCAGGAGGAGGGACACCCUGUCUCCACCAAUCCAGUCACACAGACUACACAGAGGGCCUCAGGCGCCCAAUCAGAGGAGAGCAAAGAGCAUGAGAGCCAAGAAAGGAACUACCACCAGCAUCCAGUAGAUGUUGAUGACCAUGAUCAUGAGCCAGACAGCUAUGAUGAUCAUGAUACAGAUGACCAAGAUGAUCAUGGUGACGGCAACCACGACGACCUGGAUGCCCAUGACGACAGCCACCACGAUGAUCAAGAUGACCAUGACAGUCACCAGGAGGAAGAUGACCGUCAUGAUCAUGUGGAACAUUACAUUCCAGCUCAGCAUGAUGAUCUGGAUAGACAGGACCGCCACGAAAAUCAUGACGAUCAUGAUGACCAUUAUGACAUGGGUGAACAUGAAGAGAACCGUGAUCGUGCUCACUAUGGUAGCCAGGAGUAUGAUGACCGAGAUGAUACUUACGAUGAACAUGAAGGCUAUGAAGAUCAUGAUGAUGUGACUGACGAUCAUGGUGAUCGAGAACACCCUGAUGGCUCUGAAGAACAUUCAGACCGUGAUGACCAUGAUGAUGGUGAGGAGCAUUAUGAUCUGGAGGAGGAUGAUCAUGACCGUUACACUGAUCACGAUGAUCACGAUGAUCACGUAGAUCACAAACACGAUGACCAUGACAGCUAUGAUGAUCAUGAUAGUCAUGAAGAUGUCGAUGACAGUCAUCAGCAUGAAAUCUUUUCUAUAGCAACAGAUGAACGUCAGAACGUCACUCAGAAGACAGCAGGAGGGAAGGCCACCACAGAUGAGACCUGGCUGGAUGGCUACCCUGUCGUUCCAGAGGAAACAGCAAAUGGUGACUCCACAACGGAAAGGGUAAGACCAGAGGAUAGAGAGAGGGGGACAGUUGUCAGGACAACAGACAGACCCAAUGAGGUGGAAAUUCGUAGACCCGUCCCUUACACCAGCUUACCAGAGGUGCCCGAGUCUCCCACCACGGAGCCUGCCUUAAAGCAAGGGGGAGUGGAGGAGAUGUGGCCUGGCUUCAUCCCCACUGCUAUUCCCUCCCCUGACCGCUCACAGCCCUCAGACUCCCCCUCAUACUCCGACACCCUGGACUACGACACACAACAGGUAGCUCCCACCCACUCCUGGCUGGGUGACCUCACUGAGCACCCCUUCCUCCAUCACGACCCAGCUCCACCGGUGCACGACGGUGACAUCCUCACCAAAGCAAUGGAGGAGUACCCUGUGCACAAUCUGCCUGGUGAGACUGGAGAGAGGGGUGAGAUGGAGGGAGAGCUGGGGGAGACGAUCUGUACAGGUGAGAACUGCCCUCCCCAUCCUCCGAGCUCCUCCAGCCGAGGUCCAACUGUGGCAGCCAUAAUUGUGGUGCUGUGUGCGGUUGCCGCGGCGGUCAUCGUCGGGGUGUGGUGUUACCGACGGCAACAGCAGAAGAGCUCAAUGUACGACAUGAAUGGGAAGGGCCAAAGUCAGACCAGACUGGGCCAACAGAUUGAGAUGCAGCAAAAAGUGUAAGAGUGAGAGAUGAGGAAAGAGGGACACUGACAGAGGACAGAGACAUUUAGGAAGGCUGGGAAGAUUCAAAUGAAACGCACAGCCCCUCAUCUUGCUAGAAAAUACUGCAUAAUUGAAGAUUUUGGGUAGGUAUGAACAGAUGAGUUGAGUUACAGCCCUGUUUUGAAGAGCAAAACCUUACCUAACAUGUAAGAACUGAUGCUUAACAUAGUGAAACAAGAUGGAAGCAGUUCUGCCUGUCCCUCUCAUCGAUUUUAAGGAAUUUUACCCAUCUUUGUUAUACCUAACCGUUAUUUUCAAAGCUCUGACAUCUAGCUGGACAGGUGGAGGGGCUGUGUCUUGACUGGACUCAACUCCAGGAACUGAAAAAGGAGAUGACCAUGUAGGAAAACCACAAGAAGGCAUGCCUGCCCGCCUGAAUAUAUAAACUGAGACUUCAACCGCCAAAGCUCUUGGACAUUGUGGUAAAGAUUCUCUGUGUUACCUUGUGUUAUUUUUGUUGACUUCAUUGAUUGCUCGUUUUUUGUUGAUUUAGCUGUAUUGCUCUUGAUUUUAAAUCUUCUCUGUUUGCCUGAGUAUUGUGUUGAUAAAAACUGUAUUCCACUUGUUACUCCACGACGAGAGAGCUGAAGUUCAGAACACAUCAGAUCAUCACAGCAGAUUUGGGCAGGUAGUCCCAAAUGAACCUCCAUGCUUCCAGCAUGAACGGGAAAAAAAGGAUGAUGAUGAUGAUGGUUAGACCAGAUGAGAGAGUUGAAUGAGUGGUAUGCAGGGAAAGGUGUGAGAAAGAAGGAUGACAGUUGAAACAUUUUAAGAUCUUCUUGCCUCUGUUAGUUUUGACAGUCGGCUGGUGAGAGAGUCCAUCCAGAUUGCAGACUCAGCCCCUGUGUGUGUGUGUGUGUACUUGUACUUGCGACAUUGUGAGGACUGAAACAUGUUUUUUACCUACAGAGGGAGGACAUUUUUGGAAAGUGAGGACAUUUUGGACAACUUCAAAGGGCUGUUUGAAGGUUAAGACUUGGUUUUAAGGGUUAAGUUAGGGUAUGGUUAUGGUGAGGGUUAGAGUUAGGCAUUUAGUUGUGAUGGUUAAGGUUAGGGUAAGGGGCUAGGGAAUGCAUUAUGUCAAUAACAGUCUUCACAAACGUAGAAGUACAAGGAUCUGUGUGUGUGUGUGUGUGUCUCAGGUCCGUGCAAUCCACUGGUCAGCAGUACGUCGUAUUUGCUGACGGUAUUCAGACCAACCAGAGAUCAAACAUUGUGGUGCUGCCAUGGCAACAGAGAGAAACUAAAAUCACAACCCCCAUUGUUAUAGUUUUAAUUUAAAGGGUUAGUAAUAGUCUGCCAUAUUAUGAUGGUUUAGGGUGUUAUGUGAAAGUAGUUAGAUUUCUAAAUAUUAUGUGGAGUUAGGUGAGCAUAUGACUUUGGGUUAAAAUUGGAGCUGGACCACAUGCCCUAAAAUGUAUAUCAUGAUAAAGUGUUACAUUUAGCUCUAUAAUGAUAAAUGUAAUGCUAAAUAUUUUUCAAAACUUUAUAUUUCCUUACUUGUGCUCUGCUGUGUUUCUCUUGAUAAAUUACAGUAUGAGAAGUUAAAGAUGGUUAUCUGCACUUGACUGGGGGAGAAUUUGUUAAUUUAACUUCUGGUCUUGGUAUCAUUGGUUGUUGGAGUUAUUCACAUUUUAAAUAUCUGGCAAUUCAGACAAUUAAAAAAAUGUGAUAUGAGUAAAUUUAGCUUGGUUAAAAUUUCAAAAUGUCUACAACUUUAUAAAUUUGGUUUAUUGUCCAGUCGUAGUUCAAAAAAAUAAGGAUUUUACAGUGUACUGUAACUGUGUAUGAUUCUGUGAUAUUUAUGCUCUUGCUGUUUUCGUACUGUGUCAAAUGCUUGAGAGCAAGGUCAAAUGUUAAAAUAGAAAAGCUCAUAAAAGGUGCAAAUGUAAAUAAAUUCAAAUAGCCAUAAGAGAGGGUUUAGACUUUGUAAUUCUGGUGAUGUAUAAAGACUACAAAAUGAAUUAUAUGGCAAUAACUUAAAUAGAAAGUGCUUUGCUUGUAAUUAAUGUCAAAAGUGGGUGGUGGCUUGUAGACAAGGCACUUUAUGGUGUCAUCAGUCAUGAAUGAUCAUUUAAUUUUCCUCAUAUGUUUCUGACUUAGCAUUCAGUGUUCUCAGCUGAUUUCUAAGAAGUAUUUUUAAUCUAGUUAUGAAACAAGGAUUUGUUGUAUUUGAAUGUGUUAAGUGAAUAACAGCUAUUAUUGAUUUGAUUUGAAUUAAAUCAAUAAUACCUUUUGAUUUACUUCAACUUGCUAAAAAUAUUUCACCUUCUUUUUCAUUUCGAUAUUGUGGUGUCUGAAACUGAAUUGUCCUAAUGUGGCAAGGCCACGGGGAAUAAAGUACCUGUUGUCUGUAUGUUUCUGUAAAUAUGAAUCUCUAACUGUAAUAACUUGCUGUACAUACUGUAGCAUUACUGGACUGUGGGAAAUCAAUUUGACUUAUGUUUCUUCACCAAUGCAGUCAAGCACAGUUGACAGUAGACAUAACCUCUUCAUGUCUUAUACAGGGUCAGCUUAUCUCCAUGUUACUAAACGUUUUACUUCACCUAGUACUGUACUCCUAGUAGCAUAAAUAAAGACCACAUUGUAGAUUAUCAAGCAAUAUGACCUGUCUGGUCACACACCAGGUUUGCCACAAGGAAAAGGACUUUUUUGACAUUGCUGACUCUCAUUCACACAAUGCUAAUAUUUCUCCACGUCUGUUUCUUCUUAAUCUGAAACAGCCUGAUGUGUGUGAUGUCAGGAUGAAAUGUGUACUGUAUAUGUGUUCUCUAAAAUCAUAAUAAACUCUUAAAUGUG